AGUAGAGGCCGCAAGAAGAAGAGGAGGAGGAUUGCCAAUCAGCUGAUUCUUGUAAACAGUUCACAACUUGGGCUUGUCUCUGCUUCUCAUGUCGAACUGGUUGUUCCCUGAAGACAGCAUUGGGCCUGGAAGGCACCCAGGAGGGCCAGCACAACUCCCUGCACGUUGACACUUGUUAACCAUUCACUCCUACCAUCCCUGUUUUUUCCAUCAAGUAAUUCAGCAUAUGUAAGACAUAUGGAGACAAGGGCUAAAAAGAGGACCUCAAAAAAGGGCCUGAACUUCAUAGAUGCUCAUUUUUUCAGCCUUCCAUCCCAAGGCAACAUCUAUACCCUAAGUCCCCUCACAGAUGCCCAAGGUUACACAAAACUACUGGUUGCCUCACUCCAGAGAAAGAUAUAUUGUUUAGAGUACAAGAAUGGUCGUCCCUGCAUGAGAGAAGUCCCUUUCACUUACAUACCCGCUGGAGCAGAAAUAGUGUCCAUUGAUGCUGUGAACAGAUCCGUCAUUCAGGAAGAUUUCAUUAUAGGAAUCACAAUAAUAAAGAAGGAAGAUGGAAAGGGUCAACAGAGUCAGUUCUUUAACAUAUAUUCUGACUGGGACCUUAACUCAGACAGUGCCUUGGAGGUUGUGUCUCAGAACUGCCUUACUCUCAACUUAGACUUUGUGCCUUACUACCUCUGCCACACACAGACCAAUGCCAAGGCUGGAUGGGAGACAGUGUGGCUGCUGAGUGGCAGUGACCACCGCAUCCAUGUGUACCACUCAGAUGAGGUGUCCUAUCAGGAGGAGGAGGGAGACUCACCAUCCUUCCCUGAGUUCAGCAACCUUACUCAGAUCACACUGUGGAUGGAUAUCUUAUAUUCUCCUGACAAAAAGAGACGAGUAUCAGCUGUGGGUGGUGAGGGUGGCAAAGUAGAGGUGUUUGGCGUCACUCUGGAUCCUCUGCCACGAGUCACCAGCAGCCAGUCAGUGUCAUGGGACUACCCUGUGGCAUCGGUCAACACUUUCUGUCUGAAUAAUACACUGCCAAUCCCUGAGUUUCUCAAAGCUUUCAGAUUGCAGGAUCAUCAGGACUGUGAGGAAGAUGUGGUCCACAUAGCAGUGUGUACAGCAUUGGAGUCUUGCCUUAUAUACAGGGACUUCUUAGGCUCCCGUGAAAGCUGUCUCUUACCUGAGUCAAGUGCACAUGAUGUAGUGCUGUGCUGCACUGUCUGUGAUAUUGAUCAUGAUGGCAAGAAUGAAGUGCUCAUUGGCACAUAUGGACAUGUAGUGCUGGUGUAUAAGUUAGUAGAGGAGGAGGAAGAGGAAGAGAAGGAGGAAUCAUCUGCUGCAUGGAGGGUAGUGCACACCAUAAAGCUGCCAUGUCCUGUGCUCUCCAUAGCAUACUGUGAUGUGACAGGUGACGGCUGCUUUGAGCUUGUCAUCAUGACCUCUGCAGGGAUCCACAUCUUUCAGCAUGAUCCCAAAGAUAUGGCAGUGCUUGUCCUGAGGAGACUGAGGGCUCUUACUGAACAUAAAGAUUUCUCAGUGCUGGAAACUUGAGCUGCAGUGCUGGUUUUGUCUCCAGUGUAAUAUAUCCCACAAGACACAAGUCAUCACAGGCUUUCCCAAUAUGGACCAUUCUGAAAAAAAAAAAAAACAUGUGGUGCUAAUGUAACUUAGAUUGUGUUGCAGACUACUGUAUAAGUUACAAUUAGUAUUGGUCAAAGUUAUCAGUGAUAUUCAAUUAUUGGCUUGUUCUUUUAGUUAUCAAUAUAUAGAUGUGUGUUAGUAGGUAGUUAAAUUUAUAUAUUCUUUAAUGCUCAGUUUUAGAUAUUAAUAUCCAUUCAAUUUUCAUCAACAAAUAUUUUUUAUUAAUGAAGAUUUGCAGCAUAUUUGGUUUAUUGAUACAUGUAUAGGAAUGCUCAGGCAUGUGAGUGUGAUUGUGCAAGUGAGUGUGUGUGGAUGUGCAUGUUAUCUCAGCUAACUUACUGUGUGGGAAAUGUUAGCCUGUUAAAUUCAUAGAAGAUGUAUGUAUGUAUGUAUGAAGAUAAGAAUUCAAGAAAAGGCAGAAUUUUCAUGUGCCCUAUUCUGAGAAAGUUCACCAACUGUCAUGUUGUGCUUGUAUUUGAUUUGAGCAAUAUUUAAGCUAAAAAUAUGGUUUGUAAGAAAAAAAAUUAUACUUCAUUCAUGCUUUGAUUAUAUUUAUUUGUGACUUGAAAAGAUUCAAUAAAAUGGGGCAGGGCAGCAAAGUUACAAGUAUAGAUCUUAGAAACAAAGGAUAUAAUAAAAAAAUCCCCCAGCAGGAAGAGCAGAAAAUAACCAAAGUUGUGUGGCAUCCUCUUUCUGGUGCUCCUGUGAGGGGACCCAGGCAAUCAGCCAUCACUUGAUCAUUCUCCAACACAUUUAGUCUUCCAUGUCUUCGUCAAUCAUACCCAUCAUAAGUACAUUUUCUUUCACUGCACCCAUGCAUAAACUCUCUCUUAGGUCUUCCUCUCUUUCUCCUGGGGCCACAUUUCUGAACACUUCUACAAUUAUCUUAGUGGGCUAAAAACAUCUUAGCGCAAGGAGGUAAUUUUUGAAAGCAAAAUUAUUUGCAACUAAGAACCAUGGGACAUUCGUAGCUACAACAGGGUCGGGUCUUUCGUAGCUCACUAAGAACAGUAGUUUCUCCUCAACAACAACAAUGGAUACCAUGUAAUGUGAACAUAUCCUUGUCUGAAAAUAAAAUUCAGUCAUAGAAACUGAAAUUAGGUAUUAA